AUGGCCGAAAGUCCUGGUCGUGAAAGCAAAGAGAAUAACAGUUGCGCCGCCAGACCUGCUUCCGGCAUCAGCAAGAAUCUCAAGAACAACGGAGCCAACCGCGAAGACAACCUCUCCACGGGCAACUCUUCCAUCAUGUCGCCGCACGGCUCCAAAGCCUCGGGAACAUAUAAGUGGCCGACAACGAGUUCAGCGCCUUUAAAGUUAGGAAGUGUCUCCUACUCGACGCCAUCACCUGUAGGAGAGCAAACAUUCAACCCUUUCAACCCUCCGGCGCACGACGAACAACGCACGAGGUCGCAAUUUGCAGACGCCGGGGUUGACUAUUGGAUCGAAAUCGCUGGACAGGAAGGCUUCGAAGAAGCGAGUGACGAGCUCGAUUUGCUGGAUUUACACACGAUCGAUACGGCCCAACUUUCACUCAUUCCCAGCGCCGAUCUGUCAAAAGACAACCGCAGCGAAUUCAGGCAGGAAAAUCCCGACUACACGACUGUCAGUCCAGCACAGGACAUCGACCCAUUGUUCAGUAAUGACCCUGAAGCAUUCUCUGUAUUGAAAGACCAUGACCGACCCAAUGCUCGCCAAACGACUGCGAGUGAAGCAGACAGCUGCCAAGUUCGGGACGAGCCCACAGAGCAACUGGCCAGUCGGCUAGGUUGUUUGCGCAUCGCUGAGGACGGCCAUUUGAGAUACUAUGGUGCUACGAGUAAUCUGCAUCUCUUCCGAAACGGCCUCCAGCAUUGCUUUCAGCCCUCUAUACGGACAAUUCGCACUCAUGGUCAGGAUGCCCUUGAACGUGCUGGUCUACACUGGUCUUCGGACCCUCGGUACGAAGACCAUCUCACCACCUUAUUUUUCGCCUGGCACAACCCGUUUCUCGGUGUCGUGGAUGAGGCUGCUUAUUACCACUAUCGCCAAUUAUACCGCGCUGGCAACACCACCAUUUACUUUUCUCCGACGCUGGAGAACGCAAUACUUGGAAUUGGUGCCGCAUAUGCAACUCGGAAACACCCAGCGAUCAAAGACGACCCAGCGGAAUUCUUCGCCCACCGUUCGAAGGUGCUCCUGGACAUCGAGAUGGACAGCCCGAACGUGGCAACAAUUCAAGCACUAGUAACCUUGUCAGCCCACGAAGCGGCGUAUGCAAGGGAUUCCAGAGGAUGGCUCUACACAGGAAUGGCGGUGCAACUACUCUCGGAUCUGGGACUACAUCUGGAGCUCGAUCAAGCGCGCAUCUCAGGCCAUGACACUCCAGACAUAACAAAUUUACGUCGAACAGUCUUCUGGGCUACGCAAGGAUUGGACAUCCUGUGGAGCGCCUACAGUGGUAGACCCUCGUCGAUCCGAUACGACGAACAGAGAAUACCGUUCCCUAAACUACUCAGCUUAGACACAUGGCGACCGUAUGUGGAUGAGGGUGACUCGGCACAAGUCCCAGCCGGCCUUGAUGUGACCGUCAUCGGCCAGACCCAUGUUUACAUGGCUCAGUUGACCACCAAAAUCCGCAAGAUAUCCAGGUUCCUCUAUACUGGGCCACAAGUUGCCAUGACUGAAGCAAAGGCUUUUGCCAGAAACAUGAUGCGAGACUUGCGACAUUGGCGGAAUUCUCUACCUGCCGCGAUGCAGGUACCUUUUUUGGAUUCUGACGACGACACAGACGACGCCAACACGCCGAUAGCUCCGGCAGUGAUCAUGUUACAUCUGCAAUUUCUCGAAGCCGUCAUUUUCUUACAGAGGCCAUUCAUAUCUGCGCCGGACGCGCCUGGAACGAACACCCUCCAAGCAGACCAAGCCGACGACGACAGCGGAAGCAUCUGCGACGCCUCUGCCAACGCCAUCUGUCGCCUGGUCGUCAUCUACCGGCAGCAGUGGAACCUACGACGCGUGCACGCCCAGAUUGUCGCCAUCAUCCUCACAGCCGCCCUCAUUCACGUGCACAACUGCUGCGUCUUCUCCAGCUCCAAGGGUGUCCAGGCGCACAAACAAUUGUCGAUCUGCUUCCAGGCUUUGGGCGAAAUGUCCCACUUCAACAUGAGCACGCGGGCGCUGGAGAUCAUUCUGUCGCUACGCCGGGAUUGGCAGGAUCAAAUCUUUGGCGAUCUGGGGAGGAAGCGCCUCGGCGGUGAUCUUCAACGGUUACAUUAG